AUGCGCUACUCUAUGGAGUGCACCGGCGACCACGGCUCGCUGCCAGGUGACGGCGGCUCCUGCCCGCGGUCACUGCUCUCUUUGUGCGCCGUCAGCUCUCAGCUGAUGAAAGCGACGCCGCCGCCGCCGCCAGCUCCUGGACGGACGGAAUGCACCCGCGACGCCGCCGUCUUCCCCUUCUCGGCCGCCCCAACAGCGACCAUGGAUACAGAAGAACUGCCUAGCGUGGAUGCAACGGUGGCCAGCGGGACGGCGGCACGACCUACCGCUGACGAUGCUCCAGACACAGCGAAGGAGCUCGAUAGACGGCAACAGGCUACUGAGGAGGCUACGGCGCCUGCACCGCACGACAACGAUGGGACACUAGGGGACUGGUCAGAAGAGCUACCCCCGUGGGGAACAGAUGAUGCCGGAGGAACUGCUCCCACGCACUCUCCCGGUGUAAGCCCGGCACAGUGCACGGAAUAA